GUAUAGAGACUGCAUGACACACCCCUGUAUACAGGCUAGCGGACCCAAGAGACGGUAUUGAUUGGCACAUUCGUCAGUUGGGAUGCAUACAACAUAGUGUUCAAUUAACUGAUGCCGGGACAAGCCAAACGACUGGAGGCUCACUCACUCACUCACUCGCCAGGCCUGGCUGCUCUAUUGUGCGUUCCCCAAGACCCGACACAACCGGCUUGACUCUUUAAUCGCCAGAUUCCUCUGACCCGCAUCGCACGAGAGUCGUUGCAUGUAAAUAUGCGUGAAUAAAGACGUCACUUAAUGAUGGCAAUGGAUGGCUACCGUGUUGGGGCACCAGUGGAUACCUUGCCCUUGUACAGAUCGUACCUUAAGAACUAUAGUAGCAGCAUCUUUGAUAUGUCUACAGGACAGUCAGGAAGAGAAAACUUUUCAGCUAAUGACGAUACUUUCCACACACCAAGUUUUGGAGACGAAGAAUUUGAUCUGCUGCCAAUAGGUCGUCCACCGAACAACAAUUCCCUUCCGCCACAAACCGUGUCGCAGACACCAUACACGCAACAGACAAUGAAUAACCUUGACCAUAACCAGCCCAUGACAGUUGCCUCCAACAUGGAGACUCGGUGUUCGUCCACCACACUAUCGGGACCGCCGUCGCUGGCGCCAAUAUUUCCACCGCAGAAUUUUGACGUGCCGGACAUCAGUGUUACGAACAGCGUGAUGCCAAGUGCCUCCAACUCGGACAACCUGUUCUCGCGUAUGGGCAGCAUGUUCCCCGGGAUUAACUCUCAGCCGUUUACGGAGCCCGCGGAGCCGCUGUCAACGAUAAGCCGGAGUCAGAUGACGAGUCAGCUCGGGUUCCAGAGUUCUGUGGUGCAGCAGUCCUCUCCUGCAGGCUCCAACUCGACAACGUCCCCGACAAGGGAGAGCACCAGUGAGGACAGCGAUGAUAGCUUGCCAUUGGCUCAGUUGAUGUCGUUGAAGCGGUCUGCUGCAGCCAGCAACUCUGAUAUGCCGGAGUUGACACCAGUGCCGACUCCGACGUCAGUCAAGAUAACGGCAGUCAGUGCCAAGAAACAGAAAACUCCCAAGAAGAAGAAGAAGAAAGAUCCCAAUGAACCACAGAAGCCUGUAUCUGCAUAUGCAUUGUUCUUCCGAGACACACAGGCUGCCAUCAAGGGACAGAACCCCAGCGCCAGUUUCGGAGAAGUGUCCAAGAUUGUGGCUUCAAUGUGGGAUGGACUUGACCCAGAUCAUAAAAAUGUUUACAAAAAAAAGACUGAGGUGGCUAAGAAGGAAUAUCUAAAACAGCUCGCUGCGUACAGAGCCAGCCAAGUAUCGCAGGUUGGUGGAUUUCCUAUUUCUGUUUUCUACAAGAAAUCAGACCAGACUGUUAUGGAAGAACCGGUUACGGAAAAGUCUCCAUCCCCUCCAAAUAUAAUGAACUCUGCCAUACCAAACCUACAGCCUGUCAACAACAUGGGAAUGAUGGCCAACAUGGGAAACAUCCAAUCACAAGCACAGAGAGUGAUGAUGCCCGACUAUGGCAACCAAUCAUCACCUCAGAUGCUUCAGAACAUUGGUCACCAUCAACCAAUGGGAGUUCACCAGACCAAUAAUAUGAAUUUUCAUGAUCAGUCUUUAAAUCAGGACAUGCAUCCCAACAGUUUGAUGGGAAUGUCACGGUGUCAGCGCAGUGGCUGCACAAACCAGGCGAUUGAAAACCCGGGCUGGGAUAAUGAAUACUGCAGCAAUGAGUGUGUUGUCCACCACUGCAGAGACAUCUUCACAGCUUGGGUUUCAUCAAGAGGUGGUGGUAGUGCAUUUCCAGUCAAGUGACCUGUUACCAUAGAGAUGGUCCUUCAUAAUGAUUCUUCAAAAAAAAAAAUGUCGGCCACAUUCCACUGGUUGACAAACGUUCUGUUUGUCAUAUUUAUUUUUGUACAGACUUUCAAAGUGUCAUUCUUUCCAAUCGGGGGGGAUAGGGGAUAGGUCUUGUGCCUUGUUUGCGAAAUACCACAAAGAACUGCAAAAUACUGCAAAGAACUGUAAAAUACUGCAAAGAACUGUAAAAUACUGCAAAAUACUGCAAAGAACUGCAAAAUACUGCAAAGAACUACAAAACUCUUCAACAAUUAAUGUGCAGGGUGAAUUCUGUUUCUGACAGUUUAUAGAAUUACACAAUAUGCAGAUGUGGUUUUUGGGAUCACUGGAUGCUUCGUGACCUCAUUUUCUCUGUUGGUAUUUGUUACUCAUUUUUUGUAAUAUGGAAAUCUUCAGAAUGAACUGGAAGGAGGAAAAAAAGUUGUAUGGUGGAUGAAAAAAACAAGAGAAUGCAGUUACGUUGGUCACAAGAUAUCGACAAUAAAUAAGUGUCUUCUUUCGUAAUGUGUGUGAUUGUUUUUCAACAAAAAUAACAGCACUGAAGAGAAAGAUUAAUUAAAGUUAAUCCUGCAUGGCAGAAGGUCUACAGUUGAUGAAAAAGCAAGAACUUCUCAUUGGUUCCAUAAUGUCAGCACUAAAUAAUUUAUUGUGUGCGCAGGUGGAGGAUAUUUAUUUAACAUAACAAUGACUAAGAAUGGUUAUGUUAACAAAAAGAAGUCAGCUGUGUACCGUAACUGAAUUUAGAAAAGAAGAAGAAAGUAUUUGUUUACUUCUCUGUAUAAAGCUGUUGGGAAUGUUUUCAUAAAAUUAGUGGACUGGCUUAUGGAAAUGAAAGACAUAGAUUUAAUGAUUGCAGAUUGCAGAAUUUUGCUUAAGAGAUAUUUUGUACAAUAUACAGACUUGAGAUUUCUAUGUGGUGCGAUAUUGGACUGAAUAUAAAUGCAUAUUUAUUGAUGGCUAAGUACAGAAUUUUAUUUCUUCUUUUUUUUUCUUCUUUUUUUUUUACGUCUGUGUGUAUGUAAAUAUUUUCUUAAGAUCAUUGGACUGGGUUGUGAAAUGGAAAAAGAGAUUUUAUGAUGCCUCAUUCCAGCGACUCAUUCCAGAAUGAUGCAUAAGAAUUCUUGAUGAUGCUACAAGAACUGGACUAUGGAAUGAGAUUUAAAAAAAUAAUAAUAAUUCCAGUUUCUCAUCCCCAACAGUGUAAAAUUGGCACACACAUGUUUUUGGACAGCUCCACAUGUAAACUAAAGAUUUUCCAAAAUGUUAGAAGAAUUCUAUUGAGGAAUUUAAAAAAGAAAAGAAGAUUUGAAUAACUGCUCAUUUCAAAGUGUGGCGUGUGACCCAUGUUUUUACAUCUGUGCUCUGACCACAUGCCUUCCGAAUCUACAUAAUACUGAACUGGAUUGUGGGAUACAAGAAAGUGAACUUAAUGAUUGCUCAUUCUAAACUUUAUUGCAGAAGAGUUUAUUGCUUAUUAAUGUUUACAUAUGAUUUAAAAUUUUAUCAUCACACUGAUACCAUUUUUCAUUAUCUGAAGCAUUUUUUUUUUUUUUUUAUGUGCAUAAAUGUGGUGGCUGGUAAAACGAAAAACAUGUUGCAAAUGGAAUACUAUAAAGUGCAGAAUAUUUGUGGUGCUGUUUUUUUCUAAAUAUUCAUUUCAUUUAUAAUAAUUUCCGUGCUUAAUUCCAAUUAAGGUUCAAGCACAUUGUCCUGGGCACACACUUCAGCUAUCUGGGCUGUUUCUCAAGGACAGUGUGUUAG